GGCUCUCUCUUACGACGUCGUUCAACUCGGCCGCGAGCUUUCCGAGCGCUACUCUCUCUCUCUCUCUCUCUCCUUAUCUAUCUGUCUCUAUGGAUCUUCGAGCUGCCGUUCGCUGGUCUUACUCAAGCUGAGAUCAUGGCUACGGUGACCAGGCAAAUUUGGGAUCGAGACGCCCAGGAACUGGGAUUGUACCUGGCGCUGAUCGCCGUGACGCUCGGCUUCGUGGCGAUGGCGUUCAGGCGCCAGAUCAAGAUACUUUGGACGGUCUGCCAGAUAAACGGGCCACCGGUUUACCCCAUUCUCGGCAACGCCAACUACAUGCUGCGAGACGAUGUGCUCCACGUGAUGUCCCACACGGCGUACAAGGACUACGGGCCGGUCGCUCGCUUCUGGCUCACUCUGCUGCCGUACGUGCUGCUGUUCGAGCCGGACGACGUGCAGGCGGUGCUGGGCAGCGCCAAGCACACGCGCAAGAUCUACUUCUACCGGCUGCUCGACAACUUCCUCGGCAAGGGCCUGAUAACCAGCGACGUGGACACCUGGCGGCGACACAGGCGCCUCCUGCAACCGGCAUUCCACCUGCACGUGCUGGACAAGUUCGUGGGCUCGUUCGCCGAGUGCGCCGAUCGACUGUCCCGCAGGCUGCAGAAGCACCACGGCCAGCAACUGGACAUCACCAAGUUCGUGAACGACGCCGUUUACGAGAUUCUGAACGAGACUGUCCUCGGGGUCAACGUUGCCAGCAAGGCCGACGGAGAUGGCGUCGUUAAUCUGGACGACUUGCCCUUCAGAAAUCGAAAACGUUGCAGGGGUCAGAUGGUGGUGCCGUAUCGAAUAAUUCGGCCGUGGCUACUGCUGGACUGGGUGUACAAGCUGACGAGCGCCGGUCAGCGGGAGAAGAAGCAAAGCGAGGAUCUGUCGAGGGCGUGUCGUCGGAUGAUCGAGGAGAAGCGCAAAGCCGGCCAGUCGAGCAACGGCAGAACUUCGCUGCUGGAGUACAUGAUGGAGAUGAGCGACAAGAAUCCGAGCAACUUCGACGACGAGGACAUCAUCGACGAGUGCAGCACCUUCAUGCUGGCCGGGCAGGACUCGGUCGGCACGGCCACCGCGGUCACGCUGUUCCUGCUGGCUAACCACGCCGACUGGCGCGACAAGUGCGUGCGCGAGCUCGACGAGAUUUUUCGCGAGGAUCCGCUACGCUCGCCCAAUAUGCGAGACCUCAAGGCUAUGAGGUGGCUCGAGUGCUGCAUCAAGGAGGCGCUCAGGCUCUACCCUAGCGUACCCAUCUUCGCCAGAACGCUCGGCGAGGACGUGAAAAUCGGAAAGCACGUAAUCCCGGCCGGCUGCGGAGUAAUGAUCCUGCCGUACGCGACGCACCGGCUGGCCCAUCACUUCCCGGAUCCGCACAGCUUUCGCCCGGAGCGCUUCAGCCCCGGGAACUCGGAAAAGAGGCAUCCUUACGCCUACUUGCCCUUCAGCGCCGGACCACGCAAUUGCAUAGGCUACAAGUUUGCCAUUCUGGAAAUGAAGGCAAUGAUUAGCGCGAUCCUCAGGAGGUUUCAUCUCGACGGCGUCGAAGGUAAGACCGAGGUUCGACCCAAGUUCCGGCUGACUGUCAGGGCCUCCGGCGGUCUCUGGCUCAAAAUUACGCAGCGUCCCGACGUCGCCGUCGCCGCCAGAUAGUACAUCCAUCACGCUAUAUACACUAAUUCAAUCCGCUGCGGAUGAAGAUUGAAGGCGCUUUACUGUCGCGCCUCGCCUCGGCAGCCGCUCUCUACGAUUCUGACGCAGCGCAUCGCAAGCCGACUUUACCUUUACUGUUUUCCAAUGCCAACUAAUGCACUCUCGACUGAUUGCCCGGUCGGCUGUGUGCGAAUUGUAGUCUGUACUGUAACUUAGUGCUGUUUGUACCUCUCGUGAGAAAUUUAUUGCUCGUUAUUUAUAACUGCCAUGGCAGUCAGAGAAAAGGAGAGAGAGAAAGAGUUUUAGCUGAAUAAAUUCCAUGGGCAAACGAGGUCGCGAGUAGUCCGUGCUAAAGCUUUCGCGCGUCAUUUUCCGAACCGAGCGAAGCCGACAAGCUCGAUUGGCCGGUCGUAUCGCGGCAACCCAGAUAGCAACUAUUCGAAUAUUCGAAUUGCCGCGCGGCGCGCAUCCGCGUCCAGCUCCAUCGAUCCCAGCCGGAGACAGCUGCUCGCCGGCGAAACUUCUUAUGCGCCCAGAGACGCCUCCGUCGUGAAAUUAUUAGCUCCGAGUUGUCGAUCGGAGCGAGGGUCGACGCGAAUCGAUGCUGGAUGUACACGAUCGGAUAAUCACGCUUUCGCCGUUUCCGAGGCAUCGAAUAAAUUGCCGCGGCCUUCAGAUGCGAAAGCAAAUCACUCUCGUCAUUUUUCACGUGGAAGCUAGCUGAGCGGAAAAUGAAGACGAUCGAGCGAUCAGCCUCUCCUCCCUCGCUCGGUCUUUGGAUCUUCCUCUACGAGAAUUAAGUCUAUCUACAAAGCUUAAAUUUAUUUGGGAUGUAGCCUUACUUUGAAUUGAAGCUCGCUGAAAUGUCGUAAUAUGUUAUCUCGGGUAUCGAUCAUCUCCGAUAAUACUCAUCGCUGGACCUGAGUUUUAUGAUCCAUCAAACAGUCGGCGAACACGUUGUUUAUUUGAAAGGAUCUUUCAGGCGAGAGUUUGACUGAUACUUCGAAAAGAAUUGCAAGUUUAUCAUAAUGCCGUCUUUGAAUAUUGUCCCCGGCAUCUGUCAUACGUGGUAAUUUCGCCGGCGUUCCCGUCCGAUCCAUUAGGCUGCGAAGGAAGGCUGAAAUUUGUCACGGUAUAGAAUUUCCCGAGGAAACAAACAACAACAUUGCAGAAUACAAACGUCAGUCAGCUGUCGCUUGCGAGAGGCAAACUCAGCUAAAGCGCGAUGCAUGUACCGAGGGUACGGCGUAAAGAAGAAAGAAGGAAGAAAAAAAAAAUGGAAAUAUAAAACGUAAAAGCGAAACGACGUGGACGUGGCGAAAGACAGUAGGUAUAACAGAGUUUUUCUAUACAUAUUGUAUGAGUCGAGUUUGAGGCCACAUUCCUCUUGCUUAUGUACGUGAGUGAAAGCGAGCUCGUAAAUAAUUGACUGGUCGCCGAGGGAUGUAAAUAUAUAUUACACGGCCGUUGGUCGACGUUCAAUAUGCGAACAGAUUGAUUACGAGCAAAAGAAGCUCAGCUCAACAUUGUUGCGAUGAAUUUAUGCGAUUCGUGGAAAAAAUAAAGGAGACACGCGGUAAUAUGCACAUAGCUGUUGCAUGAAACAUGUACGACGGAGCCAUGGGGUCGCCGCGCAACACGCACUGUAGGUACUGAUCCCUCGGGCAAAGCGACAUGGAGAUCAAUGCGGCAAAUAUGUACCUGUACGUCGCGUAUGGAUGCACCCACGUUGUGUCUCGAAGGCGAAUUUUAUCGAUGCUCGUGCAAAAUUACUCCUUGACAGCGAUUGCCAGAGCGGGAUAAUGUAUAAAAGCGAGCAGUCCUUGAAGCAGCCGACGACUGCAGUGAAUAUUUUUCAGUCGCACACACGACGACAAGCAGCGUCGCUGAGGUCCGUCUCUUCGACCGACCAAAGAUUUGGAAUUUGUGGUAAUUGAGGCCCUUCCCCACUGGCACACUAGCGAAGCGGCCCUCUGUCCGACAAGCUAGACGCCGUAGGGGUAUUAAUCAAUCACUGCGUUAAUCGUGCGGCUCUGCUUCCAGGACGCUUGCCAAGCGCGAAAAGUUGUCGCUCUCGGUAAAUUUGACACCCGCGACGCGCACUUUUUGCUCUUCCGGUUGCGCGUUCCUUCAAGACAGACGUUCCCGGGAUUUAUUAAGCAGCUGUACUCUCGAGAAAGUUGCACUUUUUUUCUCGGUAUCUUACUCAUUCGGUUAACCAUUUUUUAAUGUCUUCGUGAUUUGGGGUGACAUAUUACUUUUACGGUACAGAGGCUGUCGAGUUUUCCGCAUUUCGUAUGCAUUCGAUUCUUUGGAUAUCGUGGCGUUGAGCUAUGAUAUUGAUACUGCAUCUAACCGUAGCAUAGAGAAUAACUGCCGUGAGAAGAAUUCUGUUGCAUUCGUAAAAUAUUUUUAAAACACGUAUUACAUGUUCCAUCGAGUAAUUAAAAAAGUAUUUAAUCGAAUCGUCUUUUGGAUGCUCUGAGAAUUAUUAUUUAUCGAGAAUUUUCUCAUGCAACUGGCAUGUCUGCAGGAAUGAUGAAUUAGUCGACGUUGCAUUGAACGGAUCUAUUGCACGAUAUCUUUUGACAAAAAGCGGUGCUGCAAAUAAC